UUGAAGACCUACAAGUGGCGCACGGCGACCCCCGGAGGGGACCCCGAGAAGAUCGGGGGGUCCCCGGGGAGCCGGCGCUGGGCGCGGCUGCAGGGCUGGAAGCGCUCCUACAGCCACCCCGACACCGACGGCGACAGGGCUGGCGACAGAGGUGGCGACAGAGGUGGCGACAGAGGUGUCGCCAAGGCCAGCGCGCGGCGCUCGCUGUUCCAGAGGGCGUUCUCCGCCCCCUCCAAGGCACCCAAGGCGGGGGACGCGAGGGGACACGAGGGGACAAAGCCACCCCUGCAGCGGUACCUGCUGCGCUCCGUGGGCAGGAGGAGGGGACACGGCGACAGCGGAGCCAGGGCGGAGCAGGAGGGGACAGGUGAGGGGGGCACCUACAAGUGGCGCACGGCGACCCCCGGAGGGGACCCCGAGAAGAUCGGGGGGUCCCCGGGGAGCCGGCGCUGGGCGCGGCUGCAGGGCUGGAAGCGCUCCUACAGCCACCCCGACACCGACGGCGACAGGGCUGGCGACAGAGGUGGCGACAGAGGUGGCGACAGGGGUGGCGACAGAGGUGGCGACAGAGGUGGCGACAGAGGUGGCGACAGAGGUGGCGACAGAGGUGUCGCCAAGGCCAGCGCGCGGCGCUCGCUGUUCCAGAGGGCGUUCUCCGCCCCCUCCAAGCAGGGGACAGCGGGGGACGCGAGGGGACACGAGGGGACAAAGCCACCCCUGCAGCGGUACCUGCUGCGCUCCGUGGGCAGGAGGAGGGGACACGGCGACAGCGGAGCCAGGGCGGAGCAGGAGGGGACAGGGACCCCCUUGGGGACGUCCCCGCCACCGGUGGCCCCGGUGCCACCCGAUGCCACCGUGUGGGACGUGUCCCAGUUCUCGCUGGUGGACGGACACCUGGUGCCACUGGGCCGGGACGAGGAGGGCCCGUGGCGGAGCAGCGCCCGCGCUGGCAGUGCCACCUCCGAGGCCACCAACCUGUCCCCAGCGGGCAGGAGGGACCCGGACCCCGACUGGAGGAGCCCCCGCCAGGAGCCCCCCCCGAGCUGCCCCGGCGGCAACGUCAAGGUGAUCACCCCCGAGGGCAGCCGCUCCUUCGGCUGCGCCUCCCUGGCCGAGCGCGACCGCUGGAUCGAGGAGCUGCGCCGGACAGCGCAGCCCAACAAGGACAACUGCGAGCGCCUGGAGCUCUCCCUGACCCUUUGGGUCUACGAGGGUCGCGACCUCCCGGCGCGGCGCCGCCUGCGCUGCCACCUCCACCUGGAUGGCGCCGUCUUCGCCCGCACCACGGCCAAGCCGGCCGGCGCUGACGGCCAACUCUUCUGGGGCGAGCUCUUCCACUUGGCCGCGCUGCCGCCGGCGCGCGCCCUCACCGUCUCCCUGUGCCGUGACGACCACCCCGGCUGGCAGCCGGUGGCCGCCGUCACCAUCCCGCUGGCCGAGCUGGCGGCGGCGGGGCAGCCCCUGGAGCGUUGGUACCCCCUGAGCGGCGGCGGUGGCGGCGAGCGGGCGCCGGCGGUGCGGCUACGCGGGCGUUACCGCCAGGUGAGGGUGUUGCCCAUCGUGAGCUACAAGGAGUUGGCGGAGUUCAUCACCUUCCACUACCGGGAGCUGUGCGGCCGCCUGGAGCCGGCCAUCGCCGCGCGGCACAAGGAGGAGCUGGCCGGAGCUUUGGUGCGCGUCCUGCAGAGCACCGGCAAG